AUGGAAAACCCAAGGGAGGAAUGUAAGGCCAUUACACUGAGCAGUGGGAAGGAAGUGAAGGAAGCCUUAAAGGAAACACAAGGGAAGAAAGUGGAUGAAAGCAUAAGUGACAAAGAAGAAACACAAGCACCUGCCUCUAACCCACCCCAAGAAAAAGAAGUCCUGAGACCAUAUGUUCCAAAAGCUUCUUACCCUCAACGAUUGAGGAAGAAUGAAAAGGACAACCAAUUCUCCAGAUUCUUCGAAGUUUUCAAGAGACUCCAAAUCAACAUCCCCUUUGCUGAAGCACUAGAGCAAAUCCCACUCUAUGCCAAGUUUUUGAAGGAGUUAAUGACCAAGAAGAGGAGCUGGAGAAAUGAUGAAACUGUGGUGUUAACAGAGGAGUGCAGUGCUAUUAUUCAACACAAAUUACCUCCGAAAUUGAAGGACCCUGGGAGCUUCCAAAUAUUUUGUGUUCUAGGAGAAAUCACCGUGAAAAAAGCCUUAUGUGAUUUGGGAGCCAGCAUGAAUUUAAUGUCCUUAGCAAUAAUGAAAAGAAUGAAGAUUGAGGAAGCCGAACCAAGAAGAAUAGCUCUUCAAUUAACAGACCGAUCAUUCAAAUUUUCCCAUGUAGUAGAAGACUUGUUGGUAAAGGUGGGAGACUUCAUCUUCCCAGUAGAUUUUGUGGUGUUGGACAUGGAGGAAGAUGCCAAAGCUUCAAUCAUUCUUGGAAGGCCAUUUCUAGCAAUAGCUGGAGCCAUCAUCGACGUCCAAAAAGGAGAAAUCGUCCUUAGACUACAUGAUAAGAAAAUGGUAUUCAAUGUGUUCAAGGCCAUGAGUUACCCAUGGGAAUCACUAGGAAAAUGCAUGAGGUUGGAUGCAGUAGAGGUCUGGGUACAUGAAACCCUUAAAGAUGAAGAACUUGAGGAGGCGGCAGAAGAAGACUCCCCAUCAAACAGUGACACGGUAGAAAUUCAAUCAGCCGAGGUACUCAUUCCAAGCACAUUAGAUGAGAAGAAGGAAGAGAAUGAAGCACCCAAACUUGAACUGAAAGCAUUGCCUUCCACUCUCAAGUAUGCAUACUUGGGAAGUGAUGAGAGCUACCCAGUGAUCAUCAAUUCUGCUCUAAGUAAAGAGCAAGAGAAGGAGUUAAUUAAAGUUCUACAAAAGUACCAAGAUGCUAUUGGAUGGACCUUGCUGACUUGA